CAGACUACUAUCCAGCAGCAACCUUAGAAAGCGCGCGAAAAUUGGCAACCAACGAAUCGCCACAGCCCCACGACCUUUCCAUUUCUCUGCUACAAACGCUUAGUAAUAGUAACUAUGGGCAAGCAGAAACAGCAGGUGAUUUCUCGAUUCUUCGCUCCCAAACCCAAACCCUCACCACCCCCGCCGCCGAAUCCGAAAUCCAAUCCCGUCCCCUCAUCAUCAUCUACACCGUCGCCGACAAAGAUCUCCGCCACCGUCUCCUUCUCCCCCUCCAAACGCAAGCUUCUCUCCGACCAUCUCGCCGCGGCCUCUCCCAAUAAGAAGCCUAAACUAUCUCCCCACACUCAAAACCCCACACCCGAUCCUAAUCUUCACCGAAGGUUCCUCCAGAGGUUUCUAGAACCUUCACCACCGGAGGAACAAUCUAUCCCCACCACAACAUCUUCGAUCAAGUACACGCCGUUGGAGAAGCAGGUGGUGGAGCUGAAGAGGAAGCACCCGGACGUGAUUCUGAUGGUGGAAGUCGGUUACAGGUACAGAUUCUUCGGAGAGGACGCCGAGAUAGCGGCACGUGUGUUGGGUAUAUACGCUCACGUGGAUCACAGUUUCAUGACCGCGAGCGUGCCGACGUUUCGACUCAAUGUCCACGUGAGGAGGCUGGUGAACGCAGGGUAUAAGGUUGGUGUGGUGAAGCAGACUGAGACUGCAGCUAUUAAGUCCCACGGCGCGAACCGGACCGGUCCGUUUUUCCGUGGACUAUCGGCUUUGUACACUAAGGCCACGCUCGAAGCGGCUGAGGAUAUAAGUGGUGGCUGUGCUGGUGAAGAAGGUUUUGGUGGUGGUCAGAGUAAUUUCUUGGUUUGCGUUGUAGAUGAGAGAGUUAACACGGAAGGUUUUGAUGUUAGAGUUGGUGUUGUUGGUGUUGAGAUUUCGACUGGUGAAGUUGUUUAUGGAGAGUUUAAUGAUAAUUUCAUGAGGAGUGGGUUAGAGGCUGUGGUUUUGAGCUUAUCUCCAGCUGAGUUGUUGCUUGGCCUGCCUCUUUCACAGCAAACGGAGAAGUUUCUGUUGGCACAUGCUGGACCUACUUCAAACGUUCGAGUGGAACGUGCCUCAUUGGAUCGUCUCCGCAAUGGUAGUAGUGCAGUAGAUGAGAUUGUUUCAUUAUAUGAAGAUCUCACUGCAAGAAACCUAGCAGAUGAUAAAGAAAAUAAGGUGGAGGUUGCUGAACAGAAAACAUCUGGCUUGACGGUUCAUACAAUUAUGAACAUGCCACAUCUGACUGUUCAAGCCCUUGCCCUGACACUGCGCCAUCUCAAACAGUUUGGAUUUGAAAGGAUCCUUUUCGAGGGAGCUUCAUUUCGCUCUUUGUCAAACACUACAGAGAUGACUCUCUCAGCCAAUACAUUGCAACAAUUGGAGGUUGUAAGAAACAAUUUAGAUGGAUCCCAGUCUGGAUCCUUAUUCCAUAAUAUGAAUCAGACUCUUACGGUAUAUGGUUCCAGGCUUCUUAGACACUGGGUGACUCAUCCUCUUUGCGACAGAAAUUUGAUAUCUGCUCGCCUUGAUGCUGUUUCUGAGAUUGUUGCCUGCAUGGGAUCUCCUAGUUCCUCCCAGGUCAGCGAUGAUUUAGAUGAAGAAAGUUCUAAGAGAAAAAUGGUACAACCUGAGUUUUAUCAUGUGCUCUCCUCAGUAUUGACAGCUUUGUCUAGAUCACCUGAUAUUCAACGUGGAAUAACAAGAAUUUUUCAUCGAACUGCUAAAGCCACAGAGUUCAUUGCAGUUAUCGAAGCUAUUUUACUUGCGGGGAAGCAACUUCAACGCCUUGGCAUAAAUCAAGUUGGUGAAACGAGGAGUAUGCAAUUCGCAACUGUGCGGUCUUCUUUUUUGAGAAAAUUGAUUUCUGUUGUUUCGUCCCCUGCUGUGGUUGACAAUGCCGCGAAACUUCUCUCUACCCUGAAUAAGGAAGGGGCUGCUCGAGGAGACUUGCUCGACAUACUAAUCACUUCCAACGACCAAUUUCCUGAGCUUGCUGAAGCUCGCCAAGCAGUUCUAACUGUCAGGGAAAGGCUAGAUUCCUUGAUAGUUUCAUAUCAAAAGAAGCUUGCAAAUCGAAAUUUGCAAUUUCUUGAAGUAUCUGGGAUCACGCAUUUAAUAGAGGUGCCCGUUGAUGCCAAGGUUCCUAUGAAUUGGGUGAAAGUAAAUAGCACCAAAAAGACUAUUCGAUAUCAUCCCCCAGAAAUAGUAGCUGGACUGGACGAACUAGCUCUCGCUACUGAACAUCUUGCUAUAGUGAACCGAGCUUCAUGGGAUAGUUUUCUCAAAAGUUUUGCUAGAUACUAUACUGAUUUUCAGGCUGCUGUUCAAGCUCUUGCUACGCUGGACUGUUUGCACUCCCUCGCAACUCUAUCUAGAAAUAAGAACUAUAUUUGUCCUUUGUUUGUGGAUGACUGUGAACCAGUUGAGAUAAACAUACAGUCUGGUCGUCAUCCUGUUCUGGAGACUAUAUUACAAGAUAACUUCGUCCCAAAUGACACAAGCUUGCAUGCAGAAGGGGAAUAUUGCCAGAUUAUCACUGGGCCUAACAUGGGAGGAAAGAGCUGCUAUAUCCGUCAGGUUGCUUUAAUUUCCAUAAUGGCUCAGGUUGGUUCCUUUGUACCAGCUUCAUUCGCCAAGUUGCACGUUCUUGAUGGUGUUUUCACUCGGAUGGGUGCUACAGACAGUAUCCAGCACGGCCGAAGUACUUUUCUAGAAGAGUUAAGUGAAGCCUCGCACAUAAUCAGAACCUGCUCUUCACGUUCGCUAGUUAUAAUCGAUGAGCUUGGAAGAGGCACUAGCACACAUGACGGUGUAGCCAUUGCAUAUGCAACAUUACAGCAUCUCUUAAUAGAAAAGAGAUGUUUGCUUCUGUUUGUCACGCAUUACCCUGAAAUAGCUGAGAUCAGUAAUAGUCACCCGGUUUCUGCUGGUACAUACCAUGUCUCGUAUCUGACAUCACAGAAGGAUAAUAAUGGUGAUUGUGAUCAUGAUGAUGUGACCUACCUAUAUAAACUUGUGCGUGGCCUUUGCAGCAGGAGCUUUGGUUUUAAGGUUGCUCAGCUUGCCCAGAUACCUCCAUCAUGUAUACGUCGAGCCAUUACCAUGGCUGCAAAUUUGGAAGCUGAGGUACGUGCAAGAGAGAGAAAUACAGUUAGCAGCAUAAAGCAUCUCAUGGAGACACCGCGGGAGUUAUAAAAUUUAAAAUACAUGAAUUACUGAAUUGUAUAAAUACCUCAACUCUUCUCUAGUUUUGUAUAAUCUAAGCUCGUAAGAAUUAUCUAAAAUAAUAAGAAA